CUUGCAUUCCAACGCUAGACAGAGACCCAGAUCAUUACAGUGAUAGAUCAGGUUUCAGUCAUCCCGACAUGCCGCCCUACUGUAACGGGGAGGUAGUAGCACCAAUAAUACGACAUGAUAUGACGACUCGUGGUCCAGGAUGUCGCGAGCAAGCUUCAUACGCUUGCUGCAAUCUGCGCUCAGCUUUGUAUACGACUUUCAUUUCGAUUACAUUCACACAUUAAAUACAUUGGGGCAAAGUAUUAACAAUGGCAUAGCAAGGGCACACACGCCGGUCAGACCAUGGAAACGAGAUCAGCACAGCAUGUGUCAGUGUGUUUCCCCUUUUCUUUUCUUUUGUUCUUUCGCGCAUCCGGGCAUUCGAAUUUGGUUGGUUGCGUGGGGGAGUUUCAUAACUUUCAUCAAUCGCAUGGGGGGACUUGUUUUCUUCAUUUUGAACCGUCUUCCGCAAUUUGUCGCUUAUUGGUGAUGAAUGUCGCAAGGGCCGUAUCAAUGAAUCCAUGAACCGGGGAAGCGCUGAGGGCUGAAACUGGGCCGGCAGACGGGCAUAUCCAAAAUACGAAAAGGGCGCUGUUCACUGCUCGGGGUUAGC